AUGGCCUCUAUUCCCGUGAAGACAUCAAUUGGCUGCAUGGAAUUUGGAAGGCAAAUAUGCAACCAAGACGAGGUGUGAACUGAAAACCCUACCUCCUGGUGUACAUUUAUUUUAUAAGAACAGAACUCUGCCAAGGGAGAAAUCCAGGCAGCUGGCUACCCCGACUGCCCAAAGUCGCAAAAUUCAACAAAAUGUGCCAAUUUUAUUUGUAAAAAUUAAUAUACUUAAAAACUAAUAGCACCAUUUGAAAGUACAACAGUACUAAAGAGGUUUUAUAUGAAUGGUCACAGUAUAUGGUUAAUCUGCCUAACAAAUAAAGUUGAUUACGUUUUUGUAGUAUUGGUAGCUACUGCUUUAGUGUGUAGUAAUUAUGGACAAAUAAAUAGAAUUUAAAGUAUUGCGGUUAUUAUUUUUUAUUUUUGCAGACAAAAGAGUUCAUAAAAAUAUGUGUUGACAAUGGCGUUUAUGACUAUGACACAGCUUUUAUGUAAGUGCAACUAUAAGCUUGACAGUAUAAAAACUGUAUGUAGAAAGUGAUCUAGAUAAUCAUUAAAUUACUGUUUGUCAAAGGUACACUGGAGGGAAGAGUGAGGAGUUCAUGGGAAAUACUGAGUACAUUCAUGAUUCCAAGGUAUUUUUUUCCUAUCAGUUACAGAAGAAAAAAUGAUAUAUAACUUUAAAGCCUAGUUAUUUGUUAUGUGUGUUUAAAUUAAAAUGAUUUUGAUUAUUAUUAAAAACUAAAUCAUUAGAUAAUGCAGUUCUAGAGCUCUGAUUGGCUUAGCCAUCAUGGUAAAUGAGCCAAAUGUUAUACUUGUAACUGUACGCAUCUGCUCAAAAUUAAAAAUUAGCUAAAUUCUUGCUAUUUUGUGGGCAUUUUAAAUAAAACAAUUAUUAUUCCACUCACGCUUGUUGGAUAUGAGAUGAUUACAGCCAACUCAGAGCUACGCGCCUCGUUGGCUAUCACCCAUCUCAUAUCCAAGGUGCACUUGUGGAAUUAUUGUUAAAUGAAGGCAAGAACACUUCAAAUACAGUUAAGCGCUUACAUGUAGGUCUCCUUGCAACCAAUCUCUUAAGCAACCAGCUCUCUGUCAAGAGAAAUGGUUAUGAGAAUUGAUAGAAUGAUCACCACAUAGAAAAUGCUUUGAUCUUUUAUCAAAAUAAUUCCCUCAACUCAUUCUGUAAAGAAAUGUACAGAGAUCAUUUGGAUAAUUUUUAUGUGUAGAUUGGGGCUAAAAUAGAGUUAAGCAACAACUCAUUCUUAUUCUAACUAUUUUUUUAGUCAACUAAAACAAGACAAGACAAGACAUUUAUUACCUUAAUAUUUACAAUUUCUUGGCACUAAGUUGUAAUUGAGGAGGCCUAAUUAACAUAAGCUCUAUAGUUUCUUUUAGGCCUCCUCGCCAUCUCUUCCUACAUUUUUUUUUUUUUGGCAUCUUUUUGUAAUUAUCGUAAUCGUGUGGCAAAUAAAUAAAAUACCUACCUAAAAAUACCUAAGUUUGCCAAAAGGUUAGUUGUUGUAUGCCAAAUUGAUUGCGUAAAAGAUGACAAACAGAUAUCACCUAAAUAAUACAUUUAAGUAAAAAGCAAAGAGAAAAGAAAAGAAAAGAAAGAAUAUUGUGUAAUAAUUCCAAAAGCAAGAAAGACGGAAAAAAGAAAAGAGAACUCAUAUUUUCAUUUUUUUUCUUCAACUCAAAUUAAUUUUUGACAAAGGUGUUUACUGCUUUAUCACAUUUGCCAUAGUAUGACAUGCCCUGAUAAUGAUCAUUGAAAAAUAAAGAUCUUUUAAGUAAAACAUGCCGCUUUGUAUGAGAUUUACAGUUCGAAAAAGACUGUCAUUGUGAAGGUACAAAAGACCUAUCUAGGCAUAUACAUAUGCUAUAAGAACUGUCAGUGAAAGAAAUGGAAAUGAAUGAAUAACAUUCAAUUUAAGCAGUUUCCCUUUUGGUUUGAAAAAACUCUGAAGAAAGGUUGUUAGCAUGAGACUAAGGCAUAAAAGUUUUGAUAUUAGUGAUCUUUCUCUCCAGCUCUUGUUAUUGUGUAUAGGGCCUCAAUGAUUCUCAUUGACAACCAGCUCAGUUUACCUGGUAGACUAGAUCUGAGCCACUGAUUUGUUUUCUUUGUAUGCCAUUAGCAUCUACAGUAUGAUUUAAUGUUAGGGGUGGUUUCCAGGUUUCACUUUUUCUUCCCCUUUACAUGUACAUAUUCUGUGUUUUCACUGUCAUGCCGUCGAAAAUAACAAUGCAAACCAGUCAAUACAGAAAUUCCAGAAUCUGAGGAAUGAAAGAAGAUAAAUAUACAAAAAACCUCGCCAAAAAUCAGGUCUGUGUGAUAAUUCAUGUGCGAGAUAUUCAGAAAAACUUUUUACCCAAAUUUAUAAGGCUUUGUAAGGAGAUGCCAUGUUUGUGUCCCUUUAAGGGGCACAAAUAUAUAUAUGGCGGCCGGAAACCAAUAUGUUUAUGGUUUCCCUACUGAUGCGUGAAUUUACCGCUUGAGGAACUCAUAAAGAUUAAAGUAAUAUUUAUUCCAAAACAAGAAAUGUUUAAAUAGCAAAAUCUCAAAAAAUCAGCAACGUUUAAUAACCCACAUAAGAGCUUUCCCGGCCACCAGCUAGAUGCUGCGUCAAGUAAAAGCUUGGAAAUUCAAGCGUCUUCUAUCGCAAAACGAAGAACCCUUUGGAACCGAAAAUUUGUGUAAAUAAAGGCUUUUGAGGGCUGUAAUACCUAAUGAAAAUAGAAACUCAGAAGAAUCGAUAGUUUCUUAGUUUGAAUUUUGGUGACGUCAUGUGAAAACCCCUAAUACUUUACCUUGACUUUUUUUGCAUAGCAUAAUAAUUAUGCUUGUAUUACAUUAUGAUCAUCAUCCGAAAUCAUCAUCAUUAUUAUCAUUAUCAUGCAAACAGGACAGUAAGAUUAUGAUAUUAAUAAUAUUGUACAUUUGUAUGCCAUUUUUUUAUUUUGUAUCCAUUAUUCAGAUGUUUAUUGCCACAAAAGCCAAUCCUUGGAAUGAGAAAGGUAAAUUAAUAUACUGUACAUGGGCCAAUGUAAAAACACAUGACUUUUUUGAAGUGCUAGCUUUUACAUGUUGAACUUUAAAGUAGUCACUGAACAAAGUAUUAUUAUUUUUUUUAUUUGGGUGAAAAAUGUCUUCAGAAAUCAAUUUAAUGACAUUGUUUUCCCCUUAUACAUUUAACUCUAGUUUAUCAUGAGUUGUUUCAGUAUAUAUAUCUAUUUUAGAUAUAUGUAAACCAGGCCCAAGUUGAUUGAAUUUAUAUUCCCUGGCCAUACUUUUAACCUUAAUUAAGUGCUCUACUGCUAAUACUAGUUAAGAUUUGAUUUGCAUAGUAAGUUAUAAUGUUAGAUGGUAACCAUAGCAACAAUGAUCUUUUGACAUGUGAAGAUAUCGUGUUUUUUGUUUGAAAGUUUACCUGUACAUGUACUUAAGUGUCAUUAGGUUAUGUAUGCACAGCUAGUUUUAUAAUAAAAUGUUGUAAUAUUAAUUCCAUCUUAAUAUUAAUGUUGUUAUAUAAUAUUUGUAUUAUCUUAUCCUUCAAAGGAUUAAAGUAUGAUAGUGUGUUGGAACAGCUGAAUACAUCUCUUAAAAGAUUGAAGAAAGAUAGUGUGGACUUGUUUUACCUCCAUGCUCCAGAUCACAAUACACCCAUUGAAGAAACUCUUGAAGCUGUCAAUCAGCUUUAUAAAGGUACAUGUACAUGUAUAUGAUUCUUUACCAAGUAGAAGCAAGAAGGCUCUUAUUCAAGGUACAAAACCGGACUUUUCCCCAGUCAUUUUCGCAUAACGCGCACAGCGGGAGUAGGGGGUGAUGCCCACACACCCAGUGCGCCACGAGUCAGGUACAAAACCACCCUGCAAGAGAGCAAGCAACUCACUGGGAUGAUAUAAACAAUACAAAGGAAAUUACUAUACUAUUUUGUUUGUCUCUUUCCAGUACAUUUAUUUGCUCUCCAGCAUUUCUCUCACUUGUACUGAAUUUUAUUGGCAAACUUGAGACUCCACACAAAUCAAGUAAGAUUUUUGUUGGGCAAUGCACUACAUGUCACUAGGAUACAGUAAAUCAAACCCAAGCCUCAUAGCUGUGUGCCUGGUACAGCAGGGUCAGUUAUGACCAUUGGUUUAUCAAUGGAUGCUCACACUCGAAAAACCAGUUUGAAGGGUGUUGGCUGCUGGCUGCUUCUGACCCAUAUUCAUCUUUGUUGUUGUCAGCAGUACAUUUAAGUGCAUAGUUAGCGCAUGCAGGGGAUGGUACAUACUGUGUCAAACAACUUCAACUUCAACAGAGAAAACAAUAUUGACUAGUCCUGAAGUCGAGUCUGCAGCGAUUUCAAAGCGACUUCAGCUGGAGCCUCUUUUUCCCCUUCUCAGUCAAGAANAUGGUACAUACUGUGUCAAACAACUUCAACUUCAACAGAGAAAACAAUAUUGACUAGUCCUGAAGUCGAGUCUGCAGCGAUUUCAAAGCGACUUCAGCUGGAGCCUCUUUUUCUCCUUCUCAGUCAAGAAGAAGACAAAAAGAGGCUGUGUGCACAGGGCAGGUAGUUUUGUACGUGAAUGACAAGAUGCAAAGGGCCUAUUCCCAGGGCUGUACCCAGAUUUUUAUUGAUUGCCAUAAGUAAUUUCAUUUAUUUUUGUUGUUGUUGUUUCAGAGGGAAAAUUUAAAUAUUUUGGACUCUCCAAUUAUUCCUCUUGGGAAGUAGUAAGUUAAUAGUUUUAUUAUAUAAGCUGCCUUGCUUCUCCUAACCUGGUCAGGCCAUAGGAUGUUGUGCAGACUCAAAAACUGGAACUACAAACUUAUACAAAUUAAUGUAAUUAGGACAAUGUGAAAGUAAUGCUGAAGAGCUUUCGUUUGAUUGGUCAUAAGGUAGGAUUUAAUCCGUGGACUCAAAACUACAAACUACGUACUUUAAUAUCUAACAUUAUUGACUUUAAUUGCCCUUAUGCAAACUACCUAAAAUCCGGCACUAUUGUGUGCAAGUACUACUGGAGCUGUAAGUAAUACAAAAUUUAAUGUCCAUAGACUUGUUAAGUUAUAGUAAUUGUUAAUUGUUUUACUUUCCUUAGGCUGAAGUCUAUUACUUGUGUAAGAUGAAAGACUAUCCCCUACCGACAUUCUAUCAGAGUGUUUAUAAUCCAGUCACAAGGUAAGUGAGUCAGAGUAACUUGAUUCGAGAGUAGCCAGCCUACGAAUACAGCCGCCUCCCGAUCUCAUCACAGCUCUCUGCGACAGGGACCUUAGAAUUCGACUACGGGUCCUGUUCCUGUUGGAAAACCUCAGUAAACUUUGAGCGCUGUCCAUUUACCAAAAACUUUGAGAAACUUCCAAAGAGAAGUCCAUCAAGUGAAGAACAUGUUCCAUUUGGCACAAGUUCCAUUCUUUCAUGCUCUCGUCACCAAAAUUCAAGAUGGUGACACAGAUACUGCCAUGAAUGGCCUGGAACUGGUGAUUCCUUGUGAAAACUCGUAAAUGGAACAUGCAUUUCUACCGGAAAGUUUCCAACGGGAAAACAGGACUACCUUUUCAUGUUUUCCAUUAACAUCCCAACCGGAAUUUCCGGAAUUUCUUGGUAAAUGGAAAGCGCCUAGUGUUACAGCCUUCAAUCUGUUUUUGGUCUAAGCACGUUGCUUUAGUAAUUAUGUUCAAAGAAAUGGCCUAGAAAGUAAUAAUUAGCAUCUAUUAUCUCUGUCAUUCCGGCAAUAAUCAAAAUGAUUACUGUCCUUGAAAAUGUGCUGUUGUGCGCCUGUUUAUCUUUGUUGAUGUUAAAAAGUUGUUGUCUCAUUUCACGUUUCUGCAUUUUGGUAAAUCGGAGGUGGCAAAUGUACUUAUGUUCCGGAAGGCACCGUACCGCUCAUAAGCUCUAAUAUUCAGUUAACAGUGUUUUUGGCUGUUUGUUUAUUUCUAGAGGCGUGGAGGGAGAACUGUUUCCUUGUCUGAGAAGAUUUGGAAUUGCUUUCUAUGCUUACAAUCCAGUGAGUAAUGGUGCAGCCAUUAGUUUAACAGAAACAUCAGUGUUCUCAAAAGCACUGGUUAGAAAAGUAAUUAGGAAAUUAGUUCUCUUAAAUUGUUCACCAAAGAGUUGGCCGCCUUGGACAUCUCUCUAAAGAAGGACGCGCAGAGGGUGUCUACUGGCUGACUGAAAGUUUCAAUCAAUCACUUUUGAAAUCUGCGAAUACAGCCACCUUGAGUUUAUUACGAGAUCACAUGAUCUCACUUUUAUGUAGUUGUUCAACCUUAUGUAAAAGGGAGAAAGUUGACGAGAGUGUGCUUACUCAUAAACUUGUAAACCGCCAAGACAUUUUCGAUUUUUGUUUCUGUUUAUAGUUGUAGACACUUCAAUCUUAAAACUGCUUACAUCUGUAACAGUAAUAGCCAGAUUUAUCAGAGACAAGGUGACAACAGCGGCAACGCAGAUCUAAAACCUGAAUUGACCAAUGACAGAGCCGCAAAUUUUGCACCGGCGGAAGUCACUUUUAGUCCUUUCAGUGCGCUGUCACGUUCUCAUUUGACGUUGAAUUGUCUUUGCUAGUAAAUAAUUUCUUGUAAACUGGGCUCUGCAUUUUUUCUCGACUGGCUUCUGAAUCCUUAUCGACGUCUGCAACAUAAGCUGCGUAGCAGGUGUACUCUAACCACGGCUUGUUCAUUCAAGUAGCGCCGAGAUCCUCGCUCUGGACCACUCAUCGAAUUACAGGAAGUGCGUCUCGAAUUUCCCUUCAACCUGAUUGGCCAAUCAAGCAAUAUCAUUUUUAACAGGCAAAUCAUGGCUCUUUCGCGAAUUCUGGUACACAGCUGAGGGCAAUAACGAGGAUUUCGGUUCAGGCUACUGCAGCAUAACGCGCAAUGAAUUUAAACGUGCGUCUAAGUACCAUCUGUCACAUUCUCACUUGGAGCUUGGAAUUUUUUUCUGAGCUUUCUGGUGUUAGAUUUCUCCUUCUUCCAAAUCAAAUUGCUUGCAUCGGCGAAUAAAUCAGCCAAUCAAAUUUCACAUUUAUAUUUAAUACGCUAAGUAGCCGCGCAGCAAAUUUUUCGCAUAUUUAACCUUGCGCGAAAUGUUGCAGACAAUAGCAUCUGCAAGUAAUACAUGAUGUGCGUAAAAUUACCGACAAUGUUAUACUUGUUAAGACUUUUAUUUCACAACAAGAAGUGAAGUGUGAGGUGCCUUUACAGUCCAUGUGUCGGUUUUUCCUUAAGAAUUCUAAUCGACAAAUUGUCUGUCAUGUCUGUCUUGUUGUUUAUUUGUAGCUUUUAGGUGGGAUGUUUACAGGGAAACACCGCUACGAGGAUAGAGAAAACAAUACAAUCCAGUAUGGCCGUUAUAACAUGGAGGGUGCGUGGGCUGAAAUGUAAGUUUUUUCAGACUGUCAAUCAUUACAAAAAGUUUUCAAAAUAGUUACCAACAGUUCUAAGUUUUAUAAUCUCUAUUCGGCAACUAAGAGGUUUUGUCCAUCCUAUAUUUUCUUUGCGAGACACGAACGCGACACUUGGACUCUUUUCUCUGGGAGACGCGUGAUGUGGUGUGAAUCUGUGAGUGUUGGAGUUCAAUGUCAGCAACGCCCCCCCCCCCCCCAACCCCCCCGGAAUAAACACAAUUAAACGUCACACCCAAUCAAAAGACUUUGGCGUUAUUCGAAGAUUACAGCUCGUGGAUGGGACUCAGAUGGCGACGGGGACAGGGACAUUUAAAUGGUCUUUUCGUUGUACAUAUUACAAGCCAGACGGUUACGAUUCUAUCUCAACAAAAAAAAGAGAACGAUACGCUGGAACGUAAAACAUGUUUCUGGUUCACAAAAAUAAUCUACCGUAAUUGUGAAUUUAGAUAUGAUAUUUUGAAAAAAACGCUGGCCUUAAAUUGAAGCCUCUUGGGAACGCUGAAAAUUUGAUAAACGCCACGGCGUGUAAUCGAGUAAAUACGAUAAUCCACAGCGAACCAGCCCUUAGGUACAGGGAAUAGGGGGUUUACUCAGCUAGCCAGCAGCUUGCGACAAAAGAAACUCAUUUGGGGCACCAACAUGGCCGCCGUUUUAUUGUUUUGGGACACCAACAUAGCGAGCGUGACGUCAUAUGAAAAGGCUCUAUAACAUGUACACCUGUGUUGCAUCUUCUCAUUGCGUACCUAUUUUUCUCUUCACAGUUACAGACAGCGUUACUGGAAAAAGCCAUUGUUUGACGCACUCGACAAACUCAGAAAAACGUUAGAUCGCAUUUACGGUGAAGGAAAAGUAUCAUUAGUUGAUGCGACCUUCCGCUGGAUGUACCAUCACUCUAAAUUAGACGGUGCACAUGGAGGUAAGUGUGAUUUUAAUGCUUUUAGUCGUUUUGUUGUCAGAUUCUUGAAUGGCGAAAGGCCACCGUGAAUAGUUUCAUUGCACUUAUCGAGUACUUCGUAACCGAACAGAAACAUUUUGGUAAUGUUUUCAUUUUUGUAAAUACGUGUUUGAGAUUGUCCGUAUUUUGUGACAGUACCCCCCUUUGAAUCAUGUUCACAAACAAAAGGCAACAGAGGAGUACUCCACUACUUUUAAUUUUUUGCCGUCUCCAUUUAGAUGCAGUCAUCAUUGGAGCCUCUUCCACAAAACAACUGAUUCAGAACCUCAAGAGUACAAAAAAUGGUCCCUUACAUGAAGGUGAAUUUUAUACAUUUUAUAAUGUACGUGAUUGCUUUUUUAACCAGAGCCCGGUUCCUGAUAGGCCGAUUAGCGUAAAUCCAGAAUUAAAAUUUUGUUCCACUUUUUGUAUUUACCUUCCUAUGUUAUCAUUUCUUUUUUUCGAAGUAAAGGCUCAACGAUAUUUUGUAAGCUCGAGCUAUAUAUUCUUAGACAAGAAAACCUUGCUUAAAAUCUGGCGUAAUCCUGGAUUAAAAUUAACCAUCUUUUUGAGGAACCGAGCCCAGACCUCAUCUAACCUCUCACACCUCUCACAAGAACGCAACCUCGUUCUCAGGCUUCUCUCCUGGACAAGGUUGACAAGACCGCUAUUUUCCCAUUCCCCGCCACGAAAGAUUUUGCUUUUCAUGAAAACACACCUCCGUCCCGAGAGAAAGACAUCUGCAUUAGAGAAGGUAGUACCAUUUAGUGCUCUUUGCGAUUUCCCCCUGCAUUUCAAUUCCCUCCUCUUCUAUUGUACUUUGCAGAUGUUGUCAAAGUAUAUGAAGAGGCUUGGCAAGAAACAAAAGGAGACUCUAUGCUGUAUUUUCGCUGAAAUGGGUGCAGAAGGAUUAUUGUCUGUGUUAGCCUUUCAGCGCUGAAAAAAUUAAGUAGUCUUCCAAUUCUUACGAUAAAGCCUGUUUUGAUCGGUGGUGUUGACCAAAAAUGCAAACAUCUCGGAUUGUAAAGGCUGAAAUAUAAAAGAGAAGGAAAGUUUGAGGAACCUGUGGUGAAGUUUUUAGUGUAAGUUUUAAUUGUUGUAAGGGCUUGGUAAGCAGGCGAGAUAUAUAUAUAUAUAUAUAUAUCUGUUGUGUGCCUCUUUCCGUUUCAACAGUGGUCGAAGAUGACUCUACAGCUCCCUAUUAUAUGUAAAAUGUGUCCAGGUAGACGCCAUUGACUAAUUAAUAAGAAUUUAAAAUUUUAUGACGCGCAAAUAUCUGUGUAACUAUGAUCAAAUGCGUGAAUUACACGCAGGGCGCGUUAGAUCCCUGCACGAAAGCAUGUAGUCUGACUUCCAUUGCAAGAAAAGAUGUACAUUGAUGACUGGAAGUUUCAAACAAUUUUCGAUUAAGAAUUUCCAAUGCCAUCUUUCGCUCUACGUUUCCUCUUCUCGGCUUUAUCAUAUUUCGUUGUAGACGAAAACUGCAGAGUCAGUGUGGGUUUGCAUGCAAGCUGCCAGAUUACCUCAUAAUCUGUAAUCAGUCUAAUUUCUUUAUUGUUUGAUUUCAAUUUUUUAUUUUAAAAAAGCGGAAGUCUUUUGAGCAGCGGAUUAAUAACCCCCUUAACAAUAUCAUGAUGAUAUAAAGCGUCUGGACGUUUUUGUCUUUAUAUUAUGCGCUUGAAUACCAGUCUAUUGUAUAUUAAGAUAGCUGUUGUUAUUGAUUGUUUUUCUUCCUAAUUCCUUACCACAACCUUUGGAUUUAAUGGCUAGUGAAGGGGGGCAUUAUGUAGAAAUAUUGCGAAAGUCCAGUCAUGAAUCACGUAGCGAAGAAGAUAUACAUGCAAUCACUAUAGUAUAAAGAGUAGCCUCUCUUAACAAAAAUACGAACCUUGUAAGUCUACGGUCGCGCUGAUCAGAAACGUUGUGAUCGUUCCAUGCUCCAUAGUGGUUAAGCAAUUUCCGACUUAUAUAAGUAUCCAUCAAGCAAGGUUAUGCGAUUUAACUGCAUAACGGAGAGCUUCAAGGUUAGUCUAUUUAAACCUGUGUUUAAAAAUAAAGCAUACUGUGUUGGGGCUGAUGAAUUUCCCCACUUGGGAACUAUCUCUAUUUCUUAGUCCCCGGCUUUCGGCUUAUUGCCGUGAAUUUUCGUGAAUUAUUUUCAUGCUCUACAAGUGAAUUGUUCAAUGCGGGCCUUCCCGGGCGUAAUCAAUAAUCUCUCCCUUCCUUACACCGGAAUUGCGCAAUGCUGUAUGGUGUUAGAGAGAAGAUGUGGGUAUUUUUUUCGGAGCCCAGUAUCUUACGACCAUUCAUCUGAAAGACAAGAUCGAUAGACUUACUAUUGCUUGCAAUCUCCGGUAGGGUGAUGCCUUCACAAAGCAGCAACAAGAGAGUCACAAGAAUUCAACCCGUAACCGUUUUGAUAGGGGUGUGGCACCGAUUCAUGACUAAUUUUCACUCACUGUGAAUUUGGCCACACUUUUAGCCCCCGGGUGAGGGAGGGGGGUACUCCCUAUGAUGGGCUUCACGGGAAGGCCCCGCCCGAAAGGGGUAUCUUCUUCAGGCUUCAAGUAUAUGAAAGGGUAGGGAUUUCACUAGUUGAAGUAUAUAUAUGGGUAGGGAAAUCUGUCAUUUGGGUCUGUGAGAGAGCCCAAAAGAGCUGACAGAUGAAUGUUAUGGCGUUAUAAAGUCAAGAAAAAGUUUUAUUUUUGUGAUUGAUUCCUAUUUAAGAGACAGUGUAGUUAAAAGGGAUGCAAACUUCUAAACAAGGUAUGUGAAAGGGGAACCAUUUGUCUAUAGAGGGUAUACGAAAGAGGUACCUUUUUCGUGAAAAUGAUAUAUACAAGGGUAAGGGGUUGGACCUAGGGGCGGAACCUCCCCGUAUAAACGUUGGUUGAGUACCCCCACCCCCCGGGUUUUUAGCUUAAUGAGCUUUGCUUCUAUUUUAAUUUUGGCACGUUUUAGCCUUGAGAUUAUUCUUGGAGAGGAAAUAUAAGGGCCAAAACAGCAGUGUUUCAGUAGAAAUCUUGGCUGCGCCUUUGCAAAGUUUCUAUUUUAGGAAAUGGAUAGAAGUUUUCUCACCAGAAACGGAAGAGGGAACGGAAAUAGAAGGGAAUCGAUAACAACAUUCUUGUACUUGGCAAGUAAACAAACAGUGACUAUUCUUUACCAUAUACUUAACCAGAAAAAUCUAACAGGUCACUCAGGAUAGAACCACUAAACUAGUCGAGCAUGUUUUGUGCUGGGAUUAAAAAAAAGUUUUGCGCAUGUGCACACGGGUAUAGUGACUGAUGAAGAAAGUACACGGGUUCACAGAGGAUCUAACCAAACAGAUGAAUGAAUUUCAUUUUUUGAAAAAGGUUUGAGAUGUAUCACUCACUUUGAUUGUCUUCUGAGGAAAGUAGAGAAAUUUGUAGAAUAAUCUUGGAGGUAAGGUUGCAAAAGCUAAUCAGUUUUGGUAUUAUAAUUGACAAAUUAGUAGGAUAGAAGUCCUCGCUUUUGUAAAUUAUAGGCUUCCCUACGAUAAUAAUGGAAUUUAUAUAGCGCCUAUACAUCGCUGUUCUAAGCGCCUGAUACAUAUAUUCUUUCAACUAAACAGCAGCUCUUCGUCUAUUGAACAGUUUUAAUUCAUUUGGUGUAAUACAGUAUAGAAUAGUGUGUCAUUAAUGGGAAGGGGCAUGAUAUGAUUGAGCAAUGGAGUUUAACUAAUAGUUAGUCUGAAAUAGGGUUGUAAAAUACAGCUCAUUGAACGCGGUAUGGUUUAAUCCAACGGUUCCAGGUUCCCAGCUGCACACCUCCACCCAGAAAUACAAAGUGUAAACUUCGGCUUCACGUCUAUAUUCUAUAAAAGAGACCCACGUGGGUGUGGCUCAUGCCCGUCACUAUUGUCCCCUAAAGGAGACCAUUCUCCAAUAGAAUAUGACAUGCAGCAUUUGCCACACACAAUCCUCAUCGAUACCAUUAUGGGUGAAUAUAUUUACUUCUCGUCCUGAACCCUGCAAAUGAGGCCCAAAUUUUCAAUUUCUACCACAAAGCGAGACGACGAACAUCCCCUUCUAUAUGGGGAUUUUCUCUCUCGGGGUUCCAAGCUCAAGUAUAGCUCAGUCUUAAGACGGGAAAUACAAUACAAUACAAACUUUAAUGACACUCCCUGAAGAGAGCUUCUCCGUGGCAACAUAUCCUCACUGACACUUAUAGCUAGUCAAGAGACGUUUUUUAAUUGAACGAGGGCGUUUAGUCUCGUAAAAAGAGAAUGUAGGAAUCUGAAAAGCGUAGUUCAACGACCACACGUACAAAAUAUUAGGCGUUAAGCAUGAUACUUUCUUCCGUCGCGGUUGGUCCGAUGGAGGUGCUUAUUAAGUAGCGCUGGCAUACAUCCAUCUCAGUGUUUGUUUUCCUUCGAUUUUUUAAAACGGAAACUGAUUGUUGCAAAUGCGGCCUGCAAUUACCCUUGGCUGCUACUUUGGCCCUGUACUUGGUUUAAAAUGACAAAGCUCCAAUUGUUUCUUUGAAAGUAUUUUAAACUAGCUUUAUUCGAAAACAGCUGACUUUGAGGGCCUCCAAAAAAACGGUAUUUCAUUUCUGUGUAAGCUGUGCACUUGUAUGAAGUGAAGUCCAAUUGUGUAAUACCAAGAGGGUGCACUGGGAAGCCAAAAACUCUAGAAAUUCUUUAGAACCGCAAUUUCCUGGUUUAUUUCGCUUUCCGCUUUCUAGAACUAUCAGUUCUGAAGAAUUUGGGGAGUUGAUUACUUCUUAGCACUCACAAUAAAACAAUUUACAUUUCCGGUUUUUUUUUCAAUCGUUUUUUUUUUCCUUCACUUUUUUAGUUCCCGCUAAACCGCUGCGAAGUCUUUCGUUCCCAUAGAUCUCGAAAGGUGGAGAAUAAGUAAAUCGUAUUGAUGAAAAUAGAAAACUAGUUGACUGAUGAAAAUCUUUGAACAAAAUGUGAUCAGGCUUCUAAAAAAGAGAAUAGAGAGAAUAUAUAUAACAUCCUGAAGUUGGAAGGCAAGCGAAGGCAAUGUUUUGUAUCUAUUUCUUCUGAAGUCAUUAAAAUAAUAAUUGCGUAAAAGGGAAGUAGAAGAACUGAAAAACAUUUCUAUAAAAUCUCAUGUUGUUCUGGCUUUUGCUUCAGCCUGAAGGGUUUUUUUAUACGAGAAAAUGUCCUCGCUUUCAGACAAAAAUGGUUAUUCACAAAAUUGGGUCACUGAAGCGAGGAUGAAAAUUCCUAGUCAUGUUCGGUACCUUAAAUAUAAGGUGGAAAAGGAAGUCAAAUGCUGAGUCACAGAGAAUGCUCGGUCAUGCAAAAAGAAACGUGUUAUUGUCAAAUCACGUAAAACGGAUUUUGGCAUUUUGAUGAUCGCUUUAUCCGCUCUUUGCCCGUUGGCCUUUGGUUGUUCCGGUGACCGUAUUAUCCACAGAGGUACUCUAUUAUUAAGCGGGUUUUGGAAAAUGAGUUAUCGCCAACUGAUUUUCAUAUAGUGAUUUGAAAAGUGGUAGUCUGUGAACCCGAGCAAUAAGAAGGAUAGUCAAAAGCUAGGCAAUUACAGGCUACGUUGAUUAGCAGGUUUAACCCUGCCGACUAUCUUCUGCUUAACCAUAAUCUUCGCGCUUUGUUGAAUUCAUAAGGAGUUAUGAAAAGGGUACCAGGGUAAAAGUUAGUAUCUAGAGGAGAAGUUUAAAGGAGUUGUUGAGUCCGUAUGCAAAGCCAUCAAAGUCCGAGGAGUGCGCGCGUAAUACCUUUGAUUACGUUUUCAUUAGUAAACAAGACAAGUAUACGCUGGGAUGCGCACCCCCAGACCCGCCCCCUACCCGCCCCCCACACAGCCUACAUUCUCAGUUGUUUUCAUUCAGAACCAAACCACCGGAAAAAAAUAAACGUGAUAUCGUGAAAAUAAGAUCAAGGAUAACAAGAAAUAGACAAGUAUCUAUUUUGCCAUACAUCAUUAAUAUGCGUCAUUUCUCCCUUCGUACAAGGCAUCAAGCACAAUGGAAUAAAACUCAAUGCUGAGUCACUUAGCUGACAAAUUAGGCAAGAAAUCGUACCAUUGAAGAGAAUUGUUAAAUUCUACCAGGCCUCCUCUCUUCCCCGAGAUCACAGAGAAAAGAGCGACUGAUCGCCCCAAAGCAGUCCGCCCGCGAGGAUAUUCCAGCAUCUACAGUUUUAGGGUAAAUCUUUAAUUCCCUUUGAAUGCAACUUAUUUGAGCAGGCUGCCCUGCCGUUAUUAAUUCGUUCUUGAAGAGUGUUUUCAUUUACAUCCCUAUCACAGGAAAUUUACGCUAAUGAGACUCAUCUGCUCUACCUUUCGCAGCAAGUCACACAACAAGUUCCGGAUACCAGUCAGUCAGGCUUUAGGGUUAAGGCAAGGUGGGGGGGAGGGGUGAUGCUCACCGCAAUUUUAGCUCGAAUCAACGGAUCAUAAGCGGUAACAUAUACCUUCUUUGUGCGAUUUUGGAAAGUGGUUCAUCGCCUUUAAAUCUUAGUCUCGCGCUAGUUUAAUAAUAAUAGGGUGAUUCAAGAAGCAAAAAAGUUCCGUGAGUAACCCCUAAGGAUUACUUAUGAUGUAUGCUGAUUGAAGAUUUCAUCCGAAUCUAAUGAUGCAUUUCCGUUUCCGCCCACGUUCCAACACUUGCUUUACGCAUAACGAGAGAGAAAGAGUCUUAACUGACCAAUUACAGGAGAGAACAAAUCCAUCGGCAGACGAGAAAGUGACAUAGCAAUUUCGAAAUUCACACACGUAUUUUAACAUGUAAUCAUCACCUUAACUGAAGAAACCAGGGUCAAAAAUUUGUGUUUAAAAUUGGUAUUUUUUUACGCAAACCCUAUUAACACUUUAAAGAAGCUUUCUAAGACAUUAAUUUGAAUGAUUCCACUUUAAGACUUUAAAUUAAAAUCAUGAGGAGAGUGUUUGAUUCAAACUAUGUAGUACACCCCACUAAGUGAAGAAAGCAUAGAAAACGCUUUCGUCCAAUGAGAUUCGUUGAUCCAGCGUGACGUAAAACAAACCUGUGCUCAGCAAAAUACGAUAUGAUUAUUUCGACUGAUAUAAGUACGAUGUUUUGUCAAAUGUUGUAACAUUCAGGUUCAUCUUUGUUCGUGUCAACAUUGAGUUACCCACCUAAAACUGUGGCUUUGUUUUUGAAGAAUUUCUCGAGAGAAGAAACUCUUUGCUGUCGGUCCACCAAGUAAGUUUGUAAUGAUACCGCCAAUUUCUUUUCUAUGAAGGGUUGCCCUUUCAAAAUUAUUUUGCGUAAUGUUUUUAAUAUGAUAUAUUAAUGUGCACGGGUGAUACUGAGUAGAUUAUAUUGCACUGAGGAGCCGGUUGCAGCAAGACAUAUUAAAUACAAAUAUUCGUUCAUAAAAAAUGAUUAUUUAAAAUUUUACUUAACUUCACUGAUUGCGUUGAAUAUACUCUGGUAUACUGCAGGCGUGUACUUCGAGUACUGAGUAUUGUAGUAGAUUUUACAGAAACUCACAGCCGCCAUCUAUCUGCGCCCUGUCGGGUUCAAGAAUGGUGUCUUGCAAGUUUUAAAAAUUACCGACAAAAUAAUUAGCUUGUCAUGACUUUGCAAACUAAAUCUCUUGUGGACUCUGGGUAAAUAAACCAGCACCGGCGAUAUCUGUUAGCGGUCCUUUACUUAUUUUAUUUUAUUGCUGUUAUUUUAUUUUUGGUAGGCGAAAACUGAAAUAGUUUUGAAUGAAAAAUUUAGAUCCAUAAAAGAAAGACGUUCCUCUUCUUUUUCAGGUUUAAGUUUAUUAUAAGGAGUUUUUGUCUGAGAGACGUCCCUCUGAGAUUAGUUAGUCUUUUUCGAAUUAACUGUUUUGUUUCAUUCUUAUAUUAAUACAAAUCCGUGUAACAAUGACAGGCCAGAUUUUUAAUAUAGCGUUAUGCAAGUGGAACAAAUUUGUAAACAAAUCGGGUGAUUUUAAAUAUUGACCGCGAGGGAUGGACUGCGGCCACACGGGCCAAAAGUUAAUCUCUUUUGAUCACGAGUCACCUUCAUUCAACCUGCAAAGUCUCGUUUAAGGAGCAACAAAUUGAUACCCAAAAGCAUUUUUUAAACAUUUCUUGAGACUUUGUACUCCCUUUUGAUAGAAGGCGCAAACUGAGAGUAAGGUUCGAAAACAAAAAAUUUCAAAUGAAUCUAGAAAGUCUGUUAAUCUCACUGUAGGAAGUUAAUGAUACGCCUCGAUAUUUGACUUCACCUCUACUUAGGGCUCCUGACGCUUAUUUCCCACUUUUCCGAUUAACGGUUAAGAGAUGACAAUCUGAUGAGUCUUUCCACUUAGUCUGAUUUCAGUAGUAAGUACCGCAUUGUGUAUGUUUCCAUUAAGAGCAAAGCUAAUCUUGGAAAUCUUCCGAGCGAUUUUCAGCCUAGCAGGAGCGCACGGAAGGCUUACUGAACUAGCAUUCUCCCGUUUUUAUUACUAUUAUUAUUUUAUUUUACGUGUGUGUGGUCAAAGUUUCCUACACAAUAGGGGCAAAGCAGAAAUAAUAUGUUUAGAUGCAAAGUACCGUCAACGCAAUAGUAAAACCCCGAGGGGAGGACUCCCAUAUGAAAGGGGCGGGGAUGCUCGUCGUCCUGCUUAGGAGUGUGAAUUUCAGAUUUUGGUCUCGCUUAAGGGUGUUCUGGGCAAAACACCAUUAUAUUUCGCCGUAAAGGUCUCUUUUAGGGUUGCACUCGAAGAAAUAUUAAAAAACUUUAUAUUUUUAAUUCGUUUUAUUUACUCGGUUCAUGUAAUCAAAGUUUAAUGGAUCAAAAAAGGUUGGGAUACGCCCAGAUUGGUCUCUUUUUAGGGUUUAAUUCAAAAUUUCCGACGAGCAUCCCCGCCCCUUUCAUAUGGGAGUCCCCCCGGCUAGCAAACAGGGCGGAAACAAGAAUUACCCCUUGCAGUUCUCUUUGUCCAUAACAGGACCCAGCAAAGUUCUGACAAGAAAGGAUAUGCGCUGUUAAUGAUGGCACACAUCCUAUACGCACUACAGAUGUGA